AUUUAAUUGUGCGCGCACACACACAGGUUAAAUGGUCGGGGGGCUGGGUCGUAAAUAUCCAGACACCUAAAUGUCUAGGUGAUCCUCUCAUCCUCCGCAAUGCCUAACAGAAGAGACGACAUCCACGCAGCUAAUCGGAAUUUCUGUGUGAUUUUGGCCUUUCUGACCGUGUUAAUCAUUACCUUAAUCAGUGUGGUGAUUUAUCUCUCAGUUAAAGACCGCGACACCGAAGAAAACAAUUCUUCAAAGAUGAUUACAAGUUCUCCUUUUGGAACUCAUAAUGGGAAGGAGGUCCUACAGUAUACGUUAAAGAAUAGUAAAGGGACAGAAAUACGCAUUCUAAACUAUGGAGGAAUUAUCACAAAUAUUAUGAUACCGGACAAGACUGGGAAAAUGGAUGAUAUUUGUCUUGGUUUUGAUGGCAUGGAAGGAUAUGCAACAAAUGGUCCGUACUUUGGUGCUCUGAUCGGGCGCUAUGCUAACAGAAUAGCAAAUGGCCGUUUUACUAUUGAUGGAAAAACAUACCAGUUAGACAUAAAUAAUAGUCCGAAUGCCCUUCAUGGAGGAAAAGUUGGAUUUGAUAAGCGAUUAUGGAGUUCGGAGAUCGACGGUGACGUCCUACAGCUGACCUACGUCAGCGCUGAUGGAGAGGAGAAAUACCCAGGAGAGGUCAAGGUCACCGUCCGUUACCAGCUGACCAAUGACAAUGAACUGGUCAUUCAGUAUUCAGCAACCACAUCAGCAAAAACUGUCAUAAAUCUUACAAACCACGCCUACUUUAAUUUGGCUGGACAGGGUUCUGGGAACAUUUUUGGCCACAAUGUGACUAUAAUGGCUGAUCAAUAUACACCGGUGGAUUCCACAUCCAUUCCUACUGGAGUAAUAGAGAAUGUAGAUGGAACAGCUUGGGACUUGCGCACCAAAAAGAAUCUGGGAGAAAUGAUUCCAACAGUUCCCGGUGAUGUGGGUUACGAUCAUAACUACUGCUUCGGAAAAACUGGGUGGCGGAAGUACAUGGCCAGAGUGGAACAUCCGAACACGGGUCGGUAUCUGGAAAUGUACAGCACUGAACCAGGUGUUCAGUUUUAUACGGCAUUCUACCUAAACGAAACUGGAAAGGGCGGGGCCAAAUACGGGAAAUUUGAUGCCUUUUGCCUCGAAGCCCAGCAUUAUCCAGAUAGUCCAAACAAACCAAAUUUCCCCACAACAUUACUAGCUCCAUCGGAGACGUAUCUACAAACCACGACAUACAAAUUUGGUGUCAUGUGAUCUCAUAACUUGAUAUUUUUUCUCAUCAUUCCUUUCUUUUGUACUACAUUUACAUAUUAUACCAUGAUUUGAUUGAUUAUAAGUCAAUAAAUUAAUUCCAUGAUCUUCA